CCCAGUCUCAGUUCAACGACGGUAUUGCAAGUAAACGAACGAACACGGUUUGACGACGACAAAACGUCUUCAAGUUAAAGCGCGGGCGCACAAAUCGCAGACAAAGAAAACGGAUAACUAAAUUUUUUCGAUUAAAUAAAAACAGACGAAAAAAAGAAAAGAAAAUAAAAUAAAUAAAAAUUAAUUUUUUUGGCAUUAAAAAUAAAACCGAAGGCGGUAGAAAUUAACAGAAAAGCCAAAAAAAUAAAAUAAAAGUUGUCAUUUGUAAUUUGAGGCCAAAGGAGAGGGAAACCAAUACCAGAGACUGAGAGUUUUGUGAUCUCAUAUUUUGUCUUGUGUUGUGUUGUAAUUUUGUACGAUUGUCGUGUGUAACAAAUUUCGUCUUCUCCGCUGCCGGUUAACUUUCGCUCUCUCUCUCUCCCUCGUCUAUUCUGAAUGUUUUGCUGAAGUUUGAGAGGUUUGAAAUUGCAAUACGUUGUACAGGUGGCCUCCUCUCUCAACCCUUCUCUUCGUGAGUGUCAGUGUAAUAUAAACAGCCGCCAAAAUUGGUCGACUUACGAAAACAUCGUUUGUAAUCAGUGACCUCAGUGGUGACAGCAUGGGUUUUAGUUCGCGCAUGGACUGCUGCGGGCAGUUCGUCAAGUACAGUUUGUUUGUAUCGAAUUUUGUGAUUUUUGUUGGUGGUGCCACUGUAUUUUGCCUGAGUCUCUGGACCCUGGUCGAUCGUAGUUUUAUGAAUGAGCUGUUGGGUACAAAUUUAUUUUCCGGUGCCGUUUAUGUUCUACUCGUUACCUCCGUGGCCAUUUGUUUGCUGUCCUUUUUAGGCUGUGUGGGAGCGGGCAAGGAGGUGAAAUGUUUGCUGCUGACGUAUUUCAUAAUGGUGGCUCUGGUCUUUGUAACCAUGCUGAUUGGUGGGAUUUUGGGUUAUGUAUUCCGUGAAAGGGUCCAGCAAACCAUGCGGCAGGAAAUGCGUUCCUCCAUGGCCUUGUAUGGCAGUCGCCGUGACAUUACCAUUGCCUGGGAUCAAACCCAAGAACGUCUCCAGUGCUGCGGUGUUGACACCUGGCAUGAUUGGAAUCGUUUUGGUCCCAUACCUGAAUCUUGUUGCCAGGAGAUCUUUGGUGGCCAACGCAAGGAGUGCACAAUAUUCCCCACCAUUACGAAUUUAUACAAUCAGGGUUGCCUCUAUGUUACCUCGAAUUUUAUACGUGAUCAUGCCGCAGUUAUAGGUGGCACCUCCAUUGGCGUGGCGAUUGUCAUGAUAUUUGGCAUGAUCUUCUCAUGCCUGCUGUUCAACAUGAUUGAAUAGUAGUAGCCUGCCGCCGUUAGUCUGAAGAGCUUCUUUUUGUAUUUAUAUCAGGUUAAAAAUUUCAUUUAAAAAAAUCCGUCACAAAAUCGAGGAGUUUCACAAAAUAGUUUAAGAAAUUAUAUCCGAAAAAAAAUUGCUAGAAUAUCAUCAUUUAUGUCAAAUUGGAUAGCCAAAGUAAAAUUUUCACGUUGGGCGCCACUUGGUUUUGAGAGCUGCGAAAAACAUAUCGGAUCACUUUUUUUUUUAAACAUUCCCAAGGCAAAUAGUCUUGGAUAGAUGUUUCCGGAACAAAUUAGCUAAGAAAGUUAGAAUUGUUGAAAAUCUUGAUACACGUUGGGCGCCAUUUUUGUAAAAUGUAUUUCUUCGUCAAUUUUUUGGAAAAAAACUGCUAAAAUAAUUUGCAACAUUUUUCUGAAAUAGUCGCUAAUGUCAAAUUCGCUAAAAAAAAUCUUGAUAUAUGUGGGGCGCCACUUUUGUAAAAUGUAUUUCUUCACCAAUUUUUGGGGAAAAAACUGCUAAAAUUAUUUGCAAAAUUUGUCUGAAAUAGUCGCUAAUGUCAAAUUCGCUAAGAAAAUUACAACUGUUGAACAUUUUGAUAUACGUUGGGCGCCAUUUAUUUUUAAUUUAUUUCUAUGUCAAUUUUCUGAAAAUUGCUUCUAAAAUGAUUUGCAAAUUUUUUCUGAAAUACUCGCUAAUGUCAAAUUCGUAUAGAUAAAGGAAAUUAUACGUUGGACGCCACUUGGUUUUGAGGUCAGCGAACCACACAUCAGGUCACUUUUUUUUAAACAUUCCGUUGGGCGCCACUUUUGUAAAUUUUAUUUCUUCGUAAAUUUUUUUUGGAAAAAAAACUUCUAAAAUUAUUUACAAAUUUUUUCUGAAAUAGUUGCUAAUGUCAAAUUCGGAUAUGCAAGGGAAAUUUCACGUUGGGCGCCACUUGGUUUUGAGGUCAGCGAACAACAUAUCGGAUCAUUUUUUUUUAAACAUUUCCACGGCAAAUAGUCUUGGAUAGAUGUUUCCGGCACAAAUUAGCUAAGAAAGUUAGAAUUGUUGAAAAUCUUGAUACACGUUGGGCGCCAUUUUUGUACAUUUUAUUUCUUCGUCAAUUUUUUGAAAAAAAAACUGCUAAAAUAAUUUGCAAAAUUUUUCCGAAAUAGUCGCUAAUGUCAAAUUCGCUAAAAAAUCUUGAUAUACGUUGGGCGCCAUUUUUGUAAAAUGUAUUUCCUCGUCAUUUUUUUUUUGGAAAAAUUACUAAAAUUAUGUGUCAACAUUUCUGGAAUAUUUGUUACUGUCAAAUUGUAAGACCUAGGGAAAUUUCGCGUUGGGCGCCACUUGGUUUUGAGGUCAAAGAACACAAUGGGCCACAUUUUUGUUAAAUAUUCUAAAAACCAAAAGUAUCGGAAAUAUGUUUUCAUCACUAAUUACCUAAAGAGAGUUUCAAUUGUUGAAAAUCUUGAUAUACGUUGGGCGCCACUUUUGUAAAUUUUAUUUCUUCGUAAAUUUUUUGAAAAAAGCUUCUAAAAUUAUUUGAAAAAUUUUCCUGAAAUAGUCGCAAAUUUUUGUAAAAUGUUCUAAAAGCCAAUAGUAUCGAAUAUAUCUAAUUACCUAAUCACUAAUUACCUAAAGGGAGUGAAAAUUGUUCAAAAUCUUGAUAUACGUUGGGCGCCAUUUUUGUAAAUUUUAUUUCUUCAUCAAUUUUUUGGAAAAAAAAUGCUAAAAUAAUUUGCAAAAUUUUUCUGAAAUAGUCGCACAUUUCUGUUAAAUGUUCUAAAAGCCAAUAGUAUCGGAUAUAUGUUUUCUUCACUAAUUAUUUAAAAUGAGUUACAACUGUUGAAAAUCGUGUCAUACGUUGGGCGCCAUUUUUGUAAAAUGUAUUUCUUCGUAUUUUAUUUUUUUUUUUUUUUUUGGAGAAAUUACUAAAAAUAUGUGUCAAAAUUUCUGGAAUAUUUGUCAAUGUCAAAUUGUAAGACCAAGGGAAAUUUCACGUUGGGCGCCACUUUCUUUAAAGGUCAGCGAACACAACGGGCCACAUUUUUUUGUUAAAUCUUCCAAAAGUAAUUACCUUAGGAUACAUGUUUUCAUCUGUUAUCACAUUUUUGAAAUUUGUCACAACUUUUGAAAUUUGUGUUACACGUUGGGCGCCAUUUUUAUGUAAAUCUUAUUUUUAUGUCAAUUUAUUGAAAAAAAGCCACACAAAUUAUAUUUAAAAAAUUUUCUAGAAUAGAAGUUAAUGACAAAUUCGGAUAGUCAAAGGAAUUUUUACGUUGGGCGCCAAUUGGUUUUAAUGUCAUUGCAUGCGACAUGGAUUAUUUUUGUGAAAGAAAAAAAGACCUAAAUAGGUUUGGACAAAUGUUUUCAUGGCAAACUACCCAAGCGAGUUACUCUUUUUGAAAUUUUGUAUUAUACGUUGGGCGCCAGCUUUGUUAAUAUGCAUUUUAUACCAAGCAUCUAUGCAAUUUAUGAGUAAAAAUUUCUAGAAUAAUCAUUUUAGGGAUAUUUCAUUUCACAUGUGAGUAAAACGUUGGGCGCCACUUACAGUCAAGUUUUCAAGAUUUUCAAAAAAAAAUAAUUGGUCGCCACUUUUAUCAAUAGCCACCAACUAUAUAGACCUAGAAUCAUUUUUAUGACGACUGGGUGUCAGUUCCAACCGUUGGAUGCCAUUUUCCAUUUAAUAACAUCCAAAAUUGUCCCUUCUUAUUUCGGGCGCCACUUAGGGUUAGAGUUAUUGAAAAUUUCGUUAGACAUUCUUUACGGAAAAAUGGAUUUUCAAAUCAGGGAAAACGUUGGGCGCCACAGUUAUCAAUAACUCACAACUGCCAAGCGUUGGGCGCAAUUUCCACUUCUAAGAUAAUCCAUAAUUCCCCAUAUUUUUUUCUGUCAAAAUUACUUUAGAAGGAUGUGCUUAGACCUACCUAGCCUACCAGAGCACUCAUCAAGGCGGCUGGGCGCCAUUUCGAAUUUCAAAUCCAUCGUUUAUUAUCCGUUAUAUUUUUUUAGAUAAAUUGGCUGGGUUAAAUAUGACUAGACCUAAAUAGGCACUAAUUACUUAUUCACUUCCAAGAUCAAACGGCUGUCAGAAGCUCUGCCCGCCAUUGGGCGCCAUUUUUUAUUAAUAAUUUCUUCUGGAAUUACUUCCACCGAAAUUGCUUUGUGUAUCGUUACAAAAAUCAACCCGGAUUUUGAUGAAUACUGCGUGACCCGCUGUUGGGCGCCAUUGCCUUACAUGUUCCGACCCUACUUUCUUUAUCAUUAUAUAAACAACAUUGGUGUGAACUGGAGGUAUCUAAAUCCGAAUAGGUCUUGGUAAUGGUUUCUCUAAACCCAUUUAUGUAAAAAAUGACAAUCCACGUUGGGCGCCAAUUUCUUACCUUCUCCCCUCCGGUAUUUUAUUGGCACAAAUCCACAUCAAAUUAGGCUAGGAUGAAAGCAUCUAACUCCAAUUGGACCGUAAUAAACACUUUCAAGUGCUUUUCUUUGUAAAAAUGUCAUGACCCACGUUGGGCGCCACAUCAAAUAUUUAAAUUCGAAAUUUCGAUUUUCAUUAUAUA